AUGGCAUCCCAGAUAAUUAGAGAAUGGGCUGGAAUAAAUAGCUUCGCACCUGCCACCCAGACUAAGUUGCUUGAAUUGCUGGGAAAACUGAAGCAAGAGAAUGUGAACAGUUUGACCAUUCUUGUGAUGGGGAAAGGUGGAGUUGGAAAAUCAUCCACUGUCAAUUCACUCAUUGGUGAAAGGGCUGUUUCUAUAAGUCCUUUUCAGUCUGAAGGAACAAGAGCUGUGAUGGUUUCACGUUCAAGGGCAGGGUUUACAUUGAACAUCAUUGACACCCCUGGGCUUAUAGAGGGAGGAUAUGUUAAUGACAUGGCACUUAAUAAUAUAAAAAGUUUCCUUCUGAACAAGACCAUAGAUGUGCUACUCUAUGUGGAUCGAUUGGAUGCAUAUCGGGUGGAUAACUUGGAUAAGGAGGUUGUCAAAGCCAUAACGGAUAGUUUUGGUAAAGGAAUAUGGAAUAGGGCUUUGGUUGUCCUGACACAUGCUCAGCUCUCACCACCAGAUGGUUUGCCUUAUGAAGAGUUUGUCUCCAAAAGAUCUGAAGCUCUUCUAAAAGUUGUUCGUCUUGGUGCUGGGUUAAAAAAACAGGAUGCACAGGCUUCAAGUAUUCCUGUUGUUUUGGUUGAGAACAGCGGGAGAUGUAACAAGAAUGAAGGUGAUGAAAAGGUUCUUCCAAAUGGAACUGCUUGGAUACCUCAUUUAGUCCAAACAAUCACAGAAGUCAUCUUGAGUGGCAGCAAGUCCAUCUAUGUUGACAAAAAGUUGAUUGACGGGCCAAACCCUAAUGAGAAAGGAAAGUUUUUAAUUCCUCUGAUCUUAAUAAUCCAGUAUUUCUUUGCCAUUAAACCAAUUGAACGAGCAAUCAAGAAUGAUAUUGCCAAAGAGAGUAGACCAUCGUGGGAGAUGCGGGAUUCCGGUGUUGCUGGUCGCAAGUUUUGA